AUGUGGCUGCUCGGUACUAGAUGUGCAAAUCUGGUCUUAUUUCCUCGUGCGGAAGACGUUCCCCGGGGUUACGCCAUCUUAUCACAUACCUGGUCGGCCGAAGAAGAUACUUUCCAAAAGAUCCAAGCACUUAACAAGAAAUUCGAUCAAACUCCCUCGCUUCAAGACCACGACCUCCCACGAACACGAGAGGAGCUGAACGAAGUCCGCUCCUUCCUGGAGCUCGCCGAGAAAGCCGGUUUCGAGUACGCUUGGGUCGACACCUGCUGCAUCGACAAGACGAGCAGCGCCGAGCUUUCCGAAGCUAUCAACUCGAUGUUCCAGUACUACGCCCUCUCCAGCGCGUGCUACGUUUACCUCGACGACGUUAACACCGACGGCAUCGCUCUCACCGGGCCCUCUCCAGCGCCGUAUCCCCUCUGGACCAGGUGGCAUAGCCGUGGAUGGACACUUCAGGAGCUGAUCGCCUCCCGCGUUGUCGUGUUCUUCUCUAGUCAAUGGACGCCUAUCGGCACCAAGUUCGAACUCGCGGAUAUCCUCGAGAGCGCGACCCGUAUCCCCUCGUCCGUCCUUCGGUUUCAGACCUCGAUCACGGACGUCAGUAUUGCGGCGCGCAUGUCUUGGGCCUCAACACGGGAGACGACGAGACGCGAAGACAUCGCGUACUGCCUCUUCGGGAUAUUCGGGGUCAACAUGCCGACCCUGUACGGAGAAGGCGACAACGCGUUUUCGCGGCUUCUAGAGGCGAUCAUGAAGACGUCUCGCGAUGCCUCGAUAUUCCUCUGG